ACUGACAUGGUCAACAUGAGCGUUUCCUCAUUUCAGUACUAGCGCGUCCGCAGUGAGCGGAGCUUUGGAGGAAAUACAGUCUGUCAGAAGACACGACGCGGCUUCAUGACGGAUCUGUAUCAGGUGUGGACCUAAUGCUAACUCCAGUAUGAGCACUAUACAGUAGUCCAUAGCUUUCCUUUGGAUAUUAACAGACAAAGGACACUGAAGAGAGAGACAGCAGCAUGGCUGUCUUCAAGCUGGAUAAUGUUGAAGACCUUUAUGAGAUUGGAAAUGUUUUGGGAAGUGGUCACUUCGGGCAGGUGCGUGAGGUGCGAGAACGGGCCACUGGCACUGUCUGGGCUGGGAAGUUCCUGAAGCUGAAGAAAGGUGCAGGAAGCAGGCUGGGCCUGGAGAGGAAGAGUGUGGAGAAGGAGGUGGAGAUCCUACAGAGCCUUCAGCAUCAAAACAUCAUGGCUCUCAAAGAUGUUUUUGAGAGCAGGGCAGAGGUGGUCCUCAUCAUUGAGCUCAUAAAAGGGGGUGAGCUCUUUGAUUUCAUUGCUGAGAAAGAAAACCUCACAGAGACGGAAGCCAUUGAGUUCAUGAAGCAGAUUCUGGAAGGUGUCAACUACAUGCACCAGAAAAAUGUUGCCCAUUUUGACCUGAAGCCGGAAAACAUCAUGUUGUCAGACAAACACGCUCCCAAUCCAGACAUCAAGAUCAUUGAUUUCGGCAUGGCUCAUCGGUUCAUUCAAGGAGAAGAGUAUAAGAGUUUAGGUGGAACCCCACAGUACAUUGCCCCUGAGAUUAUCAACUAUGAGCCUCUCAACACGGCAGCAGAUAUGUGGAGCAUUGGUGUCAUUACCUACAUUCUUUUGAGCGGCCUGUCACCGUUCCAAGGCGAGACAGACGAAGAGACGUUGAGGAACAUUGUGGCAAUGAACUACGAGUUUGAGCCUUACUACUUCAGCCAAACCAGCAACAUGGCCAAAGACUUUAUCCAGAAACUACUAGUUAAAAACCAGAGUGAAAGAAUGACAGCAGAAGAGUGUCUCAUUCAUCCCUGGAUUAAGCCUCUCAAUCGAACUCAAAUAGCCAAGAGAAACCGCUCCUCCAUCAACAUGAAGAACUUCAAAAAGUUCAACGCGAGGAGGAAAUGGAAGAUGUCCUUUAACAUGGUUUCGGCAUGUAAUCGGUUUUGUCGACUGCAGUUACUGUGUAAGGUCCGUGGUCCAGAGGAACAAGAACUGAGAGACUGUGAGAGCGAUCAGGAAGACACCAGCACAAAACCUGCCUCUCUCUUACGCAGACGUCUAAGUAGCAGUUCAUAAGUCUCACCGAUAGAGGGAGUCACAAACCAUAAGCAUCUCCCUGUAAGAAGGCCUCAGCGCUCAUUCAACCUGCAGUAUUUUGUACUGCCAACAGGGUGAGACACAGGCCACAAUCCACAGGAUCUCUUUCCCAUCCAAAGACCUUGAACCUCAGUGCAUGCAAUUGCUCAACCACCAGCUGCAUAUCCAGUUACAAGAUGACGACAUCUGCAAGAAGGAUGGGGCCGUGAGAUCAUUGUGUUUUUUAUGCUAAUAUGCAAGUGUGUUCGUAGAGCUCUACCUCUGACAGAUUGAUGUGAUGCUUCAACCUGAAGUGCUGUUGACUGGAGGGUCAGGUGUCUUGAAGGAUGUUCCUACAACAUUAAGUUUUCUUUAAACUAACAGGGUUUAUUUAAUUUUCUGAUUUCAGUGGGAUAUAUAAAUACUAUAUACAUUACUGUUCGAAAAGAUUGGGGAUUGUAAAGAAUGAGUAGUUUUAUUCAGUAAGGACGUGUUUGAUUGAUUGAAAGUGACAGUAAAGACUUUUUUCUUACAAAAAAAUCUAUUUCAGAUAAACUCUGUUCUUUCUAACUCUCUAUUUAUCUACAAAUCACAAAAAACCGUUAUGUGUUGUACAAAAAUAGCACACAACUGUUUAUAUCAACAUAUUAGAAUGAUUUAUGAAGGAUCAUGUGACACUGAAGACUGGAUUAAUGGAUUCUGAAAGAUAAGAGAGAUUAAAACAUUGUACCAGCCCCAAACUUUUUGAACAGUAGUGUUUAAAUAUAAGCUAAUAUAUUAAACCCGUUUAUACCUGGUACUAAUAUCUAGCUCAAAUACAUUUUAGCAGCUUGCAGUAGCAGCAUUGAUCACUUUGUCAGUUAAAAAUGUUCAUAUUUAAAAUGAAUAAUGUUAAAAAGCACAAAAAAAGUAUUUUUACAUUUACACUACAAAUGCAUCAUGGUCACAUGCAUUUCUGACUACCUCUGAAUGUGGUUUGAGCGAACCGAUCAUGAAACAUUUUAAACCGCAUUUAGGACUGACAACACGUGAUUGAAUCAGCUGACACGGAUCUACAACCAGGUGUAAACGGGGUCAUAGUUUAAUGUGUUUAAAGAAAAACAAGCAAACCAAAUUAUAACAGAGGACUUUUGGGCUGAGUGCCUUAAAAGACAUACCUUCUCAAAAACAUUAUCUUGAUGAACACAAGUUCUGUCUUGAAUUAGACUACCAGAGGCAAAACCUUAUUCCCUUUAUUGAUACAAUAGUGAGAUUCCACUCAAAAAAGCCAGUUGCCUUUUUCUCCAUAUUGCUGAAUAGUAGUUGAAAUAUUACAUGCGUGUGAUUUUAAUAUCUAGUAAGCAUCUUCAGUACGGUCAUCUCUGAGCAACAAUGGUAUUCAUUUAUGACAGAUAUAUACAGCUGUUAUAAAUCGUGUUUGAUAUGUAGUUUUACAGCUUAUUGACUUUCCUCAUCAAGUUUAAUCAACAGAGAUUUUGUGUGAAGAGCCACUUUAAAUGUAUUUGAAUGGUGUCAUGCAGUGUUGAGCUUUAUGAAAUGCUGCUUGAAUUAUUCUAGACACUAAUUGUUGCCUUUACUGUUAGUCUCAAAAGUCUUUUUUAAAGGAUACUGGUCUUCCUUGUAGAUUUGAAAUCACUGUUUAGUUUGAAAAGUCUUCCAUUAUCCAGACAUUACAACAUUUUACCCUCUUACACUCUUACUUACACAACUUGUAAUGUGAAUAUCGCACAAAUGAAUAUUAUAUAUUAUUGUCAUGAUAUAUUUUGUAUACUAUAGCUAACUUGCAAGAAAAUGACUGUGUCUUCUGUUAUAUAACGUUUGCCUGAGGGUUGUAAUUCCUGUAAUAUUAUGUAACGUCACAAUUAAAUGUAUCAAAUAUGUCAACACACCUCUGUUUGUAUUAGAUAUUUUUAAUGUUUAUUUAAGUUUUUAAAUGCAGCAUGUUAGAUAAGUGAGUGAGUUGUUGCCCUCAACGUAUCCAAUUUUCUUAUGCAGUAUUUGUGUGUCUCAUUUGCUUCAGUGUGUUUGUGAAUAAUUUUUUGGUGUGUGUUUGGUUUUUUAUAUAAUUUGAUACUAGUUAGUUAUGAAAAAAGCAAUUUGGUGCAUGCGAUUUUUCCUAUACAGUUUGUUAGUUUUAAUGUGUGUCCUUGGUUUGUUUGAUACUGCUUGGUGUAAAUUAAAAGCAGUUUGUCCUUUAA